AACAAUGACAAAGGUGACAACAGUGAGAACAGUGACAACGGUGACAACGGCAACAACGGUGACAACAGUAACAACGGUGAGAACAGUGACAAUGGUGACAACAGUGACAAUGCUGACAACAGUCACAACAGUGACAACGGUGACAACACUGACAACAGUGAAAACAGUGACAACGGUGACAACAGUUAGAACGGUGACAACAGUUACAACGGUGACAACAGUGAGAAUGGCGGCAACGGUGACAACAGUGACAACGAUGACAAAAAAUAGUAACAACGGUGAGAACAGUGACAACAGUGUCAACGGUGACAACUGUGACAAUAGUGACAACGGUGACAAUGGCGACAAGAGUGAGAAGAGUGACAACAGUGACAACGGUGACAACAGUGACAAUGAAGACAACACUUAGAACGGCGACAAUGGUGACAACAGUGACAGCAGUGAAGGUGGUGACUACAGUGACAACGGUGAUAACACUUAGAACGGUGACAAUGGUGACAACGGUGACAACAGUGACAACAGUGACAACGGUGACAACAGUGAAAACAGUGACAACAGUGACAAUGGUGACAACAGUGCAAAAAGUGACAACAGUGACAAUGGAGACAACGGUGACAAGACUGAGAGGAGUGACAACGGUGACAACACUGACAACGGUGACAACAGUGACAACCGCGACAACGGUGACAACGGUGAGAAGAGUGACAACAGUGACAACAGUGACCAUGGUGACAACAGUGACAACGGUGACAAUGGUGACAAUGGUGAAAAUGGUGACAAAAGUGACAACGGCGAUAACGGUGACAGCGGUGACAACAGUGACAACGGUGACAACCGUGACAACAGUGACAACAGCGACAACGGUGACAACGGUGAGAAGAGUAACAACAGUGACAACAGUGACAACGGUGACAACAGUGACAACGGUGAC